AUGAGAGAUGAGUUGAUUGGCAUCUUAAAGGCUGGUGGUUAUGAGUUGAGGAAAUGGGUAUCCAACUCUCCGGCUCUCCUUGACGGCUUACCUAAGGAGCAUCAGCAAGAUCCUCAUCUUUUUCAGAACGUUGACAAUCCUGACGCCAUUGCGGUACUCGGAGUGCAGUAUCAGCCUGUUCAGGAUGUCUUCACGUUUCGUGUACAGGAUUUAGACAUAUCCCGAGUUUGGACUAAGCGAUCGGUACUCUCCACAGUUGCCCGAAUAUUCGACCCCAAUGGAUGGUUGACGCCGGUUGUGUUUUGGGCAAAGUGUUUCCUUCAAAAACUCUGGUUGGAAAAUCUUACAUGGGAUGCCCCUCUCAUUGGAGAGUUAUUGUUGGCGUGGUCUCGUUUUGUUUCGUCGCUUCCGGAUAUUCAAUUGGUGAAGAUAGAAAGAGCCUUUUUACCUGCUGGUAAAUGUCAGGUGAGCCUUCAUGGCUUUUGUGAUGCCUCAGAGUUGGGCUAUGCGGCUGCAGUCUACAUACGUUCGGUCAACACGAACGGUAGUGUCACAGUAAGAUUAGUUAUAGCGAAAAGUAAGGUUGCGCCAAUUCGGUCUCGUUUGACUAUACCUAAAUUGGAGCUCUCAGGAGCUGCACUUCUUUCGAGACUUCUCAAUCAUGUUGCUUCCACUUUAGGUCAAACAGUGGCCCUCGAGAAGAUCUAUGCAUGGUCCGACAGUCAAAUUGUUCUUUGUUGGCUUCGGGCGUCUGUUCAUGCGUUGGAGGUUUUUGUUGCCAAUAGAGUUUCCCAGAUUCGCGAUUCGACGGCUGAUAUUAAUUGGAGACAUGUCCCCGGGGACCUAAAUCCAGCCGAUUGCGCCUCACGGGGCUGCGAAUCUUCAGUUAUUUUGAGUCAUCCGUUGUGGUGGGGACCAGACUGGUUGUGUGAACCUGAAGGUAGCUGGCCCCAUAGUAUUGUCGACCCGGUUGAACCGUUGCCAGGACUUCGAGUGUUAGCGGUGCAGUCGGAGCCGAAACAAAAUUUAGAUGAAUUGCUCGGACGGUUUAGCUCCCUUGAUAAAUUGUUAGGAGUGACGGGAUGGGUUAAACGUUUUAUUUAUAACACUCGGAAUAAGUCCGAUAGGCAGUCUUCUCCCGUGCUUACCCCGGAGGAAAGAAGGGAAGCAUUGUUGUUCUGGGUGCGUUUAGAGCAGGGUCAAAGUUUCCAAACAGCAAUAAUUAGUUUACGAAAGGGGGAUAAAUUAAGGGGUGCCAUUGCACGGCUCAACCCUUUCAUUGAUGACAAGGGUUUGAUACGAGUCGGGGGUAGAUUACGAAAUGCGGACUUACCUUAUGCGGCUCGACAUCCUCUCCUGUUGCCUAAGGACAGCAUUCUGGUACGACUUUUGAUAACUGAUCGGCACGUGAAGAACUCUCACGCAGGUUUAUCAACACUCCUAGCCGUCCUCCAAAGGGAGUUUUGGAUUUUGUCUGCACGGCGAGUUAUACGAAGCGUUAUUUUCCGCUGCAUUCCGUGUUAUAGGUUGAAGGCCGCAAUAGUACAACCACAAAUGGGUGACCUCCCUCCAGAUCGGGUUAGAGCUUCGAAGCCGUUUUCUGGAGUUGGUACGGAUUUUGCAGGUCCAUUUCAAGUUAAGUCGUCAACGUUACGAAAUGCUAAGGUGACGAAGGCUUACCUGUGCGUUUUCGUUUGCCUUUCCACCAAGGCCGUACAUUUAGAGGUAGUGUCGGCGUUGAGCACAGAGGCAUUUAUCGCUUGUUUGUCCCGGUUUGUUAGUCGUCGAGGAUUACCGAGUUUAAUUCGGUCCGACUGUGGGACUAACUUCAAGGGUGGAGAUCGGUACCUUUCGGAAGUCUUUACGUUUUUGAAAGACAAUCAGGUUUCAAUAGCUUCCAACAUGUCUCAACGCGGUAUAGAAUGGCGAUUCGAUCCCCCUGCAUUUCCAUCCUGGGGUGGAAUUUUUGAAGCGGUUGUGAAGGUGGCAAAGACUCAUCUUCGACGAGUCAUCGGUGAAACAGUGCUCACCUUCGAAGAGUUGGCUACGGUAUUUUGUAAGAUUGAGGCGGUUCUGAAUUCCCGUCCACUGUGUCCUGUAUCAUCGGACCCUAAUGAUUUGGAGGUUUUGACCCCUGGUCAUUUUUUGAUCGGUGGACCCCUCACCGCACUACCGGAGUAUCCUUAUACGGAGACCCCAUUAAAUAGGUUAACUCGUUUCGAGUUGCUGCAACAACUUUCCCAAAGCUUCUGGCGGAGAUUCAGCUUAGAGUACCUCCAUUUGUUGCAGCAACGGGUUAAAUGGUGUGACAAGACUGACCCACCUAAGGUUGGGGAUCUCGUCUUAGUGAAAGAGUUGAACAUGCCAACGCUGUCUUGGAGACGGGGUCGAAUCCUGAGGCUAAUUGUAGGCGCGGACGGUAUUCCUCGAGUUGCAGAGGUGUUAGUAGGCAACUCGGUGUUAAAGCGAGCGGUCGCAACUCUCUCCCGACUCCCAGUAUCUUAAGUAUAAUUUUCCAUUAAGGAGUUUGGACGCAGCCAGGUAUCGUCUGGCUGGGGCGGGGGACUGUUCGGUAUAGUUG